ACAGCAUCUCUUUCUAUCUCGGAACGUUGUUUUCCUUGUCACCGCAACGAAACCCUAGCUGCUUUCUUCUUCCUCCUCAAUCUCGGAAACAGAGAAUUCUCCGGCGAAGAUGGCAGGUGGCUUGGAUAUGUCACUUGAUGAUAUCAUCAAAUCUAAUCGAAGACCUGCGGGAUCUCGUGGCCGAGGCGUCGGUGGUUCAAGUAGCGGUGGUCGCGGAUUCGGCGGUUCCGGUCCCGGCUCCGGUCCGUCUCGCCGAUUCGCUAACCGUGUUGGAAACAGAGCGGCGCCAUAUUCAAGGCCGGUUCAACAACAAGCUCAAGACGCGAUGUGGCAGAACGACGUUUUCGCUACUGAUGCGAGUGUGGCGGCGGCGUUUGGGCAUCAGUCAGCAGGCAUCGGCGGCUCGUCGAUCGAGACUGGAACGAAGCUCUACAUUUCCAACUUAGAUUAUGGUGUCUCCAACGAGGACAUCAAGGAGCUCUUCUCAGAGGUUGGUGACCUUAAGCGAUAUGGGAUUCACUAUGAUAGGAGUGGAAGAUCGAAGGGUACUGCUGAGGUUGUUUUCUCGCGGCGUGGGGAUGCCUUGGCGGCUGUCAAGCGUUACAACAAUGUUCAAUUGGAUGGAAAGCUGAUGAAGAUAGAGAUUGUUGGAACUAAUCUUUCAGCUCCAACUCCUCCGCUUCUUGCUCCAGCUCAUAUACCUUUUCCUGCAAAUGGUAUACUUGGUAACUUUAAUGAGAACUACAAUGGCAACUUCAAUGGGAACUUCAAUGGAAACUUCAGAGGAAGAGGAAGAGGCGGUUUUAUGGGGCGGCCUCGUGGUGGUUUUGGCGGUGGUAAUUUCCGAGGUGGUAGGGGAGCUAGAGGAGGUGGUGGUCGUGGCAGUGGAAGAGGACGUGAUGAGAAGGUAUCUGCAGAGGAUCUUGAUGCUGAAUUGGACAAGUAUCACAAAGAGGCAAUGGAAACAAGUUAAAAAGGAGCUACAACGUUUUCCUUUAGUGCAUGAUAUGCUUAUGUAUGAGUAUGAUCUUUUGAUUAAUGUCAUUGGGUCUGACAUUUUCGAUUCGAGGUUUAGCUAUUUUUUUUUCUCUCUUUGUGAGCGUUUUAGCUUUUACAGUUGAGUUCAGAGAAACAAGCAUUGUGUGUACCGUGGAACUCAAACUCUUCUAAAGUGUUUCUUCAAAACACAAUUCCAUCUA